CAGGUAUUGAACAAGCUUGGCUUUUGAUUAUCAUUGCUGCUGACCUGGAAACAUUUUAAGGGGAAGGACGGGAGGCCGUGGCCUGUGGAGUGAAGCUCUUCCAACUUGGGUCUGAGAAAAGGAGAGGAAAUGGCCCAAGAAGUAGACCUGAGUUCCCUCCAGGAGUUAGAGCGUGAGGUCGUUCUCCAGGUCCUGUACCGAGAUCGGGAGGUUCAGAACAUAGAGGAGGAAAGGAUACGGAAACUGAAAUCGCACCUGCAGCACCUCCGAUGGAAAGGGGCAAAGAGCACCAGCCAGGAAAACAGGGAGAGAUCCUGUGCCCGCUGCCAGCGGGCGCUGGGGCUCCUGCUGAACCAGGGGGCCGUGUGUCGGGGCUGCAGCCACCGCGUGUGCUCUGAGUGCCGAGUGUUCCUGAGGAGGACUGGUGCCUGGAGGUGCACCGUGUGCUUCGAGGACAGAAAUGUGAAAAUAAAAACUGGACAAUGGUUCUUUGAGGAACGAGCCAAGAAAUUUCCAAGUGAAGGUAAACACGAGACAGCCGGAGCAAAGCUCCUGCAAUCUUAUCAGAAACUGAGCAAAAUUUCUGUGGUUCCUCCUACUCCACCUCCUCUCAGUGAAAACCGGUGCAGCCGCAGCCCGUGCACGUUACAGGAGCUUGGUCAGUUUAAAGGAUUUAAUAAGUCCGUGGAAAAUUUGUUUCUGUCUGUUACCACCCACAUGAAAAAGCUCUCCAAGUCCCAGAGUGACAUGACUUCUGAGGAACAUCUUCUAGCCACGGGCCCCGGGCAGUGUGCGGGCCGGACGGAGAGACGGAGCCAGUCUGACACUGCUGUCAACGUCACCACCAGGAGGGUCAGCACAGCAGACAUUCUGAAACCUCUCAAUCAAGAGGAUCAGAAACGCUCUACUAUCCCUGUUUCGAAGCAAGAGAAUCUUUCAUCUAGUCCAACGCCCAGAACUUUGUUCUCUGGAGGCUUGAGACACGGAAGUUUAAUUAGCAUUAACAGCACUUGUACAGAGAUGGGCAAUUUUGACAAUGCUAAUGUCACUGGAGAAAUAGAAUUUGCCAUUCGUUAUUGCUUCAGAAUCCAUUCUUUAGAAAUAUGCAUCAAGGCCUGUAAGAAUCUUGCCUAUGGGGAGGAAAAGAAGAAAAAGUGCAAUCCGUAUGUAAAGACCUACUUGCUGCCCGACAGAUCCUCCCAUGGAAAACGCAAGACUAGAGUCCAAAAGAACACGGUGGACCCGACCUUCCAGGAGACCUUGAAGUACCAGGUGGACCUUGCCCAGCUGGUGACCCGGCGGCUGCAGGUCUCUGUGUGGCACCUGGGCAUGCUCACCCGUAGGGUGUUUCUUGGAGAAGUGAUCAUUCCUCUGGCCACGUGGGACUUUGAAGACAGCACAACACGGUCUUUCCGCUGGUAUCCGCUCUGGGCCAAGGCAGAGAAAUACGAAGACAUUGACAGCGUUGCUCAGAAUAAUGGAGAACUUGCAGUCCGGGCCAAACUGGUCCUCCCUGCAGGGCCCAGAAAACUCCAGGAGGCUCAAGAAGGGAUAGGAGCUGAGCCAUCACCUAAUGGUCAACUCUGUUUGGUAGUGCUGGGAGCCAAGAAUUUACCUGUGCGGUCAGAUGGCACCUUAAACUCAUUUGUUAAGGGCUGUCUCACUCUGCCAGACCAACAAAAACUGAGAUUGAAGUCCCCAGUCCUGAAGAGGCAAGCGUGUCCCCAGUGGAAACACUCCUUUGUAUUCAGUGGUGUAACCACAUCUCAGCUGAGGCAAUCGAGCUUAGAGCUAACUGUCUGGGACCAGGCUGUCUUUGGCAUGAAUGACCGCUUGCUGGGGGGAGCCAGACUUGGUUCAAAGGGAGAGACGGUUGGCAGCACAGACUCAUGCUCACAAUCAAACCUCCAGUGGCAGAAAGUUCUUUCCAGCCCCAAUUUGUGGAUAGACAUGACACUCACGCUGCACUGAGAAGGCUCCAGGUUGCAAUGGGUGUGUCGAAGCACUGUACACCUGCCGAGGCUGAAGGUUGGCCAAGAAGCAGGUGUGGGGUCACAGCUAGAAAACACC